CUGCAGGGUUUGGUGUCGGGAGCGGCAGCGGCUACAUGACGGGGCGCCCGGCUGCCUCGCGCUGAUCCGGAGUGACGCCGCCGCGCGAGCGCGCCCGUGUGAAGCGGCUUCAAUCCGGAUCGGAAAAUGUCUCCUCUUCUCAUCGCCCUUCUGGCGCUAUGUCUCCUUGCAGUUUUGGCUACCUUGCUUUUCAGGUGGUUUGUCCGUUGCCUGGCUGUGCGCUUCUUCAGUAACAAGCUGAAUGCCAGCCUGAAGAUCGGCUCUGUGGGCCUGUUCUCUGUCAGGACCAUCAGUAUCCAGUUCCAGCCUCAGCAGACCCUGGAAAUUGACAGCAUAUGGAUUUCAAGCAAAGUGUUGAACCCAGACCUACCGCGGUACCUGGCUCUGUGCGUGGGCGAGACUCGGGUGCGCGUGGACCUCCAGGAUCCCGUGAGGCGCCGCAGCCCUAAGGAUGCUGGUGAAGAUGUGGCCCGGCUGCGGGCCAGCUCUGCGGCCCUCCGUUUCCUGUCUCAGCUUGUCUCCUUCCACGUUGACUCCAUCAACAUCAUGGUGCUGAACUUGGCGCUGGCGGAGUCCCUCUGGCACAUGACGGCCACAGGCAUCACACUGCUGCUGGACUGUCACAGUAAGAGGUUGGGCUGGGACUUUUCCGUGGGACAGCUGAGCAGCAAGGUGCUAAAGAGCAGUCAUCUGGACACAUGUCUGGCGGAGGUGUCCCUCAGCCUGGUCCUGUCAGGGGACGUGGUAGGGCCGGGUCUGCGUCCGGGCCGGUUGGCACUGAGCGUCCGUACGCUGUUGGCGGAGCUGCACGAGGGUGCGUUCAUCAGCCCGCCACUGCUCCCCCUGCAGGCGGAGGCUGUCACUGACGGAGAGGUUGGCGUUCCUGGCGUUCCCGACGUGCCAUUGUGUGAGCAGCCGUCCUUCGUGCAGACGGCAGACGUGGAGCGCAUCCACCAGCUGUUCCCGGAAAGGGCGAGCGUGGAGCUGGAGAACACCAACAUCACUGUGUCCAUGCACAGCCAGAAGAGGCACCUGAACUGGACGCUGAAGGCUCUGAAGCUGAAAUACGGCCGUGAAGAUGAGCAGCUUCCCUUGAAGAGCUUCAGGCCCGAGCUGAGCUUCCCCCAGAGUAGCCUGGAGCUCCUGCUGGAGGAUGGGCUGCUCCUCUCUCAGAGCCGUCAGCGAAUAGUCUGCCUCAACUCACUCAGGACUGUUCUCCAAGUAACAUCUGUCGACGUCUCUGGUUCUGUCACUGUGAACACGUGCAUCAUACACUACCGCCACCAGGAGUUCUCCCAUUGGCUAGACCUGUUUCCAUGGAAGCAGCUCUUCCGCAGGAAAGCGUUGCGCAGGAAGAGGCUGUACCCUCACCUAGACGCCCCCAUGACGAUCAGCUCCUCCAUGUCCAACGUCAACGUGUCUGUGCAGCUGGGAGACACGCCCACCUUCGCUGUGGGCUUCCUGUCCGCAAGCUCGGAGCUGAAACACCUCAUGGAUGUCCCGGCCCCCACCCCGGAGCCCCAGCCCCCCCAGGUCCUCCACCAGCACAUCUCCCUGUCGCUGGACCACUUCUGGUGGCGUGUGGGCCAGGGCUCGCAUAUCCAACAGGCCCCGCACCCCCCCAGCAAGCACGUCUGGGGGGAGGCCCUCAUCCUGGACUCCCUCACUCUCCAGGGCAGCUGUAACCGGCCCCAGGUGACGGUUGUUGCCGAUGGACCCCACGGCGCUGUGUCUGUGGAGUCAUCCCUGCGGGGCCUACAGGUCGAGGUGUCGGAGACCUGUGUGCAGUGCUUGUCCCGGGUGUCGUCCCUGCUGCCGCGGUGGGCCGCCAGGGCUCCUAAGGGGCCGGCCAAUGGGGUGAGCUCCCCUGCCGCCCCCGGCCACCCACCGCUGCUCCUCAAGGUGGAUCUCAGCCUGGAGGAUACCAACAUCUUCACACUGUCCAAUGUGGCGGGUGCCAUCUGCCUGCGGGUCGACAUGGUGACAGCCCUGGGCACCACGGAGACGUCGCAGCUCUCGGUGCAGGGCAUGUCCCUCUCGGUGGUGAAGUCGCUGACGGAUACCAUGGAGCCAUGUAGUCCCGCAGCCCAGACGCUUAGCCCCAUCCUCAGCCUCGCCGCCCUGGUGGCCUCUUUCAGCACUAGCACCAGGGCUCUCAAGAUCCAGUGUGAGGAGGAGGUGACCGCUCAGUGGACGCCAGGUGACCACAUGUUCCUCUACCAUCAUGCGACAGAGUGCAAAGGAUGUUGGGAAACCCUGUCUCUUACCCUGGGGCGGCAGGAGGAACUGGAGGCGGGGGAGAAGGAGGCGGGGGGGGCACCGGAGGCGGACGGGAGGAAGGAGCUGAGUGUGUACCUGGAGGUUGGCCGUGCGCAGCUCUCUGCCUACGUUACCAGCCAGAACUUCAUCGUGGUUCGUGCGGCAGCGCUCUCUCUGGCGCGGCACGGUGGCUCCACCCACCUGCGCUCCCCGCACCUCGUCUUCAACUUCGACGGCAACGACAUUGUGACGCUGACAGACGCGGAGCUCCGGGCCCUGCCUGAGCUCGAGGAGGCCACUCUCCUGCGUCCCAGCUUCCCCUUCCUCGCCACCGACCAUAACCGGGCUUGGGUGCUCUCCGUUGCCAGCCUGGCCCUCGAGUUCCCCUACCAGUACAACUUCUCUGCCACCUUCGAUGAGGCCAUUGCUGUGCAAAAGUGGCUGCGGUCCCUGCACCGGGCCACCAGCACCGAGCUGGUCCCGCCCGAGGCCCGGCCCCUCCCCCCAGACCUGGUGUUCCGUGUGGCCCAGUUCUGCUUUGUCUUCCUGGAUGACGUCUUCGAGAUCAAGCUGCGUGACAAUUACGAGCUGAUGAAGGACGAGGGCAAGGAGAGCGCCAAGCGGCUGCAGCUGCUGGACCGGCGAGUGGCGGAGCUGCGUAAGCAGCACGGCGAGCUGUUGCCCGCACGCAAGAUCGAGGAGCUGUACGCCUCGCUGGAGCGCAAGCACAUCGAGAUCUACAUCCAGCGCUCGCGCCGCCUCUAUGCCAACACGCCCAUGCGCAAGGCACUGCUGACUUGGACCGCGUCCGAUGUGGAGGCCGUGGUGCUGGCCGACCGCGCACUUCACGGGCCUGAGCGCGUUCGUGAGCAGCUACGUGACAUCGAUGCUGCCAGUCCCUUCCCACGGGACGGCCUGCCGCUGGUGGUGCAGUGGGGGCGUGCCGUCAGGUUCAAGCUCACCACCUUCCUGGUGCGAAUUCGGGACUACCCCCGCUAUCUGUUUGAGAUUCGGGACUGGAAGCUGGCGGGACGCCUCAUUGGCACUGAGCAAGACGGUCAGGCACGGGCCCGGCGCCGUCAGGUGGUCCACCUGGGGUCGCCCUGGGGUGACAUCACUGUCCAUCGGAACAUACCCCCCCUGAAAUUCUACUACGACUUCCACUCUGAUAUUGCCCGAUACACCAUCGUAUGGGGGCCGUGCUGGGACCCAGCCUGGACUCUGAUUGGCCAGGUGGUGGACCUGCUGACCAAACCUACAGCCGACCCCUCCCCACCCCUGGCUUGGUGGGACAAGAGCCGAAUGCUUCUUCACGGUCGCUGGGUCAUGGACAUCGAGCAGGCGAACCUGCACCAACUUGCCACCGAGGAUCCGUACAACACCACGGAAAACUUGCACUGGGAGUGGAACAAGUUGACGUUUGAGUGGAACCCAGGACAGUUUGUGUUCAAGGGGGACAUGGACGUCAACGUCAGGACAGCCUCCAAGUAUGACGACAUCUGCUUCCUGAACCUCCCCAACCUACACAUGACGCUGGACCUCCAGUGGCUCUGCCAUGGCAACCCGCACGACCAUCACGCCGUGAUGCUCUGCUCGGCCGAGAGCGUGGCCGACCUCACUUCGGGCCAGUCGCACGACUCGUACCGCGCCUUCCGUUCCGAGAACCUCAACCUCGCCAUCACCAUGGACCUCAACCGGCCGCCGGAGGCCGACAAGGAACCCUACCUGCCCAGGAUCCUGUUGUACAGCAGCACCCUGCGCUGGAUGCAAAACUUCUGGGCCACCUGGACCAGCGUGUCGCGGCCCAUCUGCCGGGGGAAGCUCUUCCACAGCCUGCGGCCUGUACGCAAGAAGCUGGGCCAGCACUACAAGCAGAUGUCCUACACCGCGUCCUUCCCGCAGCUUCAGGUGCUGUACUGGGCCUCCUUCGCCCAGCAGCGUGGCAUCCAGGUGGAGUGCACCCGCGGCCACGUUUUUACCCGAGGAGCCCAGAGACUCAUCCCACAGGCCGGCACCGUGAUGCGGCGCCUCAUCUCGGAGUGGAACGUGACCCAGAUGGUGAGUGAGCUGUCCAUGGUCACCGUCCACCUCAUGGCCUCCACCUGGGACGAGACGGCGGACCACCAGAUGGACGCCCAGGUGAAGAAGACUCACCUGCUCAGCCUGUCCUCACUCAGCUACCAGCGGCAGAGCCACCACAUGGAGGAGGAUGCGAGUGCCAAGGGGGAAGAGAACGCCUCCUACACCCAUAGGCUGUGCCUGGUGGACCUGCGGGCGUCCUGGACCACGACCAACCGCAAUAUCGCCUUUGGCCUUUAUGAGGGGUACAAGAAGGCGGCGGUGCUGAAACGUAACCUGUCCACAGAGGCACUGAAGGGGCUGCGUAUCGACACUCAGGCCCCUGCCAAGAAGGUCAAGCGCUCUGCCUCCACCUACGUCCCCAACAGCACGCCUUCUGCCCCUGUCGCCCCCGCUGCCAGCCGCCCGGAGAAGACCCAGAGCGAGGGCACAUCCAUGCUGCAGAAGUUGAUCGAGGAGACGGACAAGUUCGUGGUCUUCUCAGAGGAGGAGUCCGGCAUGAGCGACCAGCUGUGCGGCACCGCCGCCUGCCAGACGGACGACGUCUACAACCGCAACUGGUUCAUCGAGCUGGUCAACUGCCAGAUGAUGCUGCGGGGCACAGAGACAGCCGGCUGUGUGCUGGUGUCGGCUGCCAAAGCCCAGCUGCUGCAGUGCGAGCACCACCCAGCCUGGUACAGCGACACCCUCAAGCAGAAGACCAGCUGGACGUGCCUGUUGGAUGGCAUGCAGUACUUUGCCACCAUGGAGCCCAAUCCCACCGAGCAGGAAGACUGGCAGCUCUGGCUCGAGGUCAAGAAUAUCGAAGAGCACAGACAGCGUCACCUGGACUCGGUCCAGGAGCUGAUGGAGAGCGGCCAGGCUGUAGGGGGCAUGGUGAGCACCACCACAGACUGGAACCAGCCCUCCCAGGUGCAGGAGACGCGGCAGGUCCAGCGCAUCAUCUCGCGCUGCAACUGCCGCAUGUACUACAUCGGCUACAGCCAUGACAUCGACCCUGAGCUGGCCACACAGAUCAAACCGCCAGAGACACGGGAUAGCCAUGAGAAGGAGGACCUCCUGAAAAAGCAGGCUGGUGCCGUGGACACUUUCACCCUGAUUCACCAUGACCUCGAGAUCUCCACCAACCCGGCCCAAUACGCUAUGAUCCUGGACAUCGUCAACAACCUCCUGCUUCAUGUGGAACCCAAGCGCAAAGAACACAGCGAGAAGAAGCAGAGGGUCCGCUUCCAGCUAGAGAUCUCCAGCAACCCUGAGGAGCAGAGGAGCAGCAUCCUGCAUCUGCAGGAGGCCGUCAGGCAGCACAUGGCACAGAUCCGACGACUGGAGAAGCAAAUCUACUCCAAUUCUCAGCAGGAUGAGAUGUCAGAUGUCAACCUGAAAAUGCAGAACCAGCUGAACCAGGAGAAGAUGGACAUGCAGAUGAAGAGUGAGGAACUCAACAUCCUCAUUCGCUGCUUUAAGGACUUCCAGCUACAGCGGGCGAACAAGCUGGAGCUGAGGAAGCCCCCCGAGGACGUGAGCGUGGUGCGGCGCACCGAGAUCUACUUCGCACAAGCGCGCUGGUGCCUCACCGAGGAGGAUGGCCAGCUGGGCAUCGCCGAGCUCGAGCUGCAGAGGUUCAUGUACAGCAAGCUCAAUAAGUCAGAUGACACGGCAGAACAUCUGCUGGAGCUGGGCUGGUUCACCAUGAACAACCUGCUCCCCAAUGCAGCCUACAAGGUAGUGCUGCGGCCCCAGAGCCCCUGUCAGUCAGGCCGCCAGCUCGCCCUGCGCAUCUUCAGUAAGGUCCGCCCCCCCGUUGGUGGGAUCUCUGUCAAGGAGCACUUUGAGGUGAACGUCGUGCCGCUCACCAUCCAGCUCAUGUACCACUUCUUCAAGAGGAUGAUGGGAUUUUUCUUCCCUGGGAGGGAAGAGGAGGAGGAAAUGGGUGACGAGGAGGACAAGUUCAGGCUGGUGACCACAGGUAUCCCUGUAGGUAAACCCCGGCAGCUGGCUGAGGACUCCAUGGGGGCCCUGGGCCCCGGGAAGGGGGUCAGCCAAGGGCUGAACCGGACAGCCGGCGUCAGGAGGUCCUUCCGCAAGCCCCCUGAGCACCCCGUGGACGACAUAGACAAGAUGAAAGAGAGAGCAGCCAUGAACAACUCCUUCAUCUACAUCAAGAUUCCCCAGGUGCCCCUGUGCGUCAGCUAUAAGGGUGAGAAGAGCAGCGUAGACUGGAAGGACCUGAACCUGGUUCUGCCAUGUUUGGAGUAUCACAACAAUACCUGGACCUGGCUGGACUUUGCCAUGGCUGUGAAGAGGGACAGCCGGAAAGCCCUGCUAGCACAGGUAAUCAAAGAGAAGCUGCGGCUGAAACCGGCCUCAGGCUCAGAGCCGCGGGGGAAAGUGGCGGAUGGCAGGGGCGACAGCGGGGUGCAGCAGCAGGAGGAGGACGAAAAGGCACGUCUGCUGAUCGGCCUCAGCUCCGCCGACAAGAACGCCACCAAAAAGAGCAUCUUCAGCCGCCGCAAGUGACCCCUGCCCCCAGGAGGCGGGGGCCUGGGGGGGGUCACAUGGCUGGGUCUCUCUGGGUUUCUUUUUUCCUCAGGUCUGGAAGCUGAGGAAGUUAUAGGCACGACACCCCCGGACACCCCCGCUGAUGUUUCCUGUAAGCCUGCCUGAGCCACUUUGCAGAUACUGGACAUUGCAAUCCUGUCACUAGCCACUAGGGUCUACUCCAGUCCUCCAGCAGCAUCUACCCUUCAGACAGGGAUUAACGGCAAUGAAAGCGGGCUUUGUUCCCAUCCCUGGGUCAGUGGGGUGUCUGAACCACGUGGGCCCCUGGUUUGUUUGGGUCCGAGGGGCAGGCAUGACCAGCCAGGGCCCUGAGGGAAUACAUUUCCUGGAAGACCUGAUGUUCCAAUUUGUCCGGGAAGACUCAUUUAAUUCUUCAGCUUCCGUCUCAAGAACCAAUUACUUUUUUUUUUCUUUUUUUUUUUCUUUUUUUUUUUAUCAUUUGAUGGUAACUAAAGUCUGGACGGCCGCUGUGUGAUUCUUAGGCUGGGUCCCUGUAUGUGAUCUAGUUUUGUGUUUUAGAUUCAUUCCAGCGUUAGUGUGUUUGGUCUCCUGCCGGAUCAGGAAUCUCAGCCAGGUGAAAAUAGGACCCCCUGCCCCCGAACACUCAUCCGCACACAUGGAAAGCGUGUUCACUGGAAACGGGGUGGCGGUCCAAUCCUGUACCCUUGACACUGUAGACCCACAGGCUAAUGGUACAGCCUGUUCAUAUAUGGGGUGUCCUCCUUUGUGGAUGUGGGUUAAGAGUAUUCAGUUCUGCAGUGCGACUUGCCACCCCCGACGCGCUUUCUGUUGUUGUUUGUAAAUAUUACAGACUCUCGCUAAAGUGACCAAUCGCGUUGCCCCACCACUACAUUACCUGUGCGAUAUUCAGCAGGAAAAGUCUCCGGAAAGUCCGGCAGCCUCGUGUUAAGGCGUUUCGCUUCUAUUUACGGCGCUGUGGUGUGGAAAGCAUUGGUGGCGGCGGUGAGCGUAAGAGAAUCUAAUGUCUAAAUGAUGUUUUGUAAUUUUAACACUAAGGCACUUUUUAAGCAAAGUAUUUUCGUGAUAUUUUUGUAACCGCGGCUCUUUCCCCCGUCUGUCCGUCCUUAGCUGCUGCUCAGCUUCCUCUUCUUGCGUUUUUCACUUUUUCUUUUUCCAGAACAAGGUGUCAGUUGUUUUUGUGGAAACUGUACAAAACACUGUAGGUUUAAAGUUCUCCUUUUCAACGCCAUCCAUUUCCUACACGUUGGCCUACAGGUGUUUGUCAUUAUAACUGGCCAAUAAAAGCCAGCCAGCAUGUACCUGCAGACCUAACUGCCAAUAAAAUGUCCCGAUCACCA